CUUUUCACGAGGCUGUGGUGAGUGAGGCCUUGGACUGAACGCAUAGCCUCAGGCCUACUGAGAUAGACUAGCAGGUGUUGACAGGUGUCUUGGUCCCAGCCUUUCCAUCCCUUGUGCCAACACUCCUUGCCUGCUGUCCCUGACAACAGUCAUGCCUAGGGGUCAGAAGAGUAAGCUGCGUUCCCGAGCCAAGCGCCAGCAGGCCCGCGAUGAGACCCAGGGCCUCAGGGGUGCUCAGGCCACUGCAGAGGAGGAAGUGGGGUCUCCCUGCUCCUCUCCUCUUGAUGAGGGUGCACUUCCAAGCUCCCCUGCUGCUGGCAUUAGCCAGGUGUCUCAGAGAGCCCCACCCUCUAGCUCUCUUGGUGCAGGUGAUUCCUGCAAAAGCUCUGAAGCAGGUGCCCAGGAGAGAAUGCCAGGCAGCUCCCAGGCAGCAGCCUCUCCUGAGAGCUCACGCAGAGAUCCUCUCACCAGGAAGGCCAGUCUGUUGGUGCAGUACUUGCUGGAGAAGUAUAAAACAAAAGAGCCCAUUACACAGGCAGAUAUGCUGAAGGUGGUCAACAAGAAGUACAAGGAGUACUUCCCUGAGAUCCUCAGGAGAACCUCCGAACGUGUGGAGCUGGUCUUUGGCCUAGAGUUGAAGGAAGUGGAUCCCAACAGUCACUCCUACGUCCUUAUCAGCAAGCUGGGGCUCUCCAGUGAAGGAAGUCUGAGUGGCAGUAGGGGCUUGCCCAAGACCGGUCUCCUGAUGACCCUCCUGGGUGUGAUCUUCAUGAAGGGCAACCGUGCCACUGAGGCAGAGAUCUGGGAAUUCCUGAAUGUGUUGGGGAUCUAUGCUGGGAGGAGGCACUUGAUCUUUGGGGAGCCCCGGAAGCUCAUCACCAAAGAUUUAGUGCAGGAAAAGUACCUGGAGUACCGCCAGGUGCCUGGUAGUGACCCUCCCAGCUUUGAAUUCCUCUGGGGUCCCAGAGCCCAUGCAGAAACCAGCAAAAUGAAGGUCCUGGAGGUUUUGGCCAAGAUUAAUGAUACCAACCCUAAUGCCUUCCCUAAUCUGUAUGAGGAGGCUUUGAAAGAUGAGGAGGAGAAAGCAGGAGAGAAAGCUGUGGGUAGAGUGGGUGCACCUACCAGGCCUAGGGCUGUUUCCAAGGUCCUGCCCCACAGACCGUCUCACAUCUAGUUGUGUCUGAGGUCGGGUGUUCACUGUAUAUUUGAAGAGGAGUUAGCUUUUUGUGGGAUGGAGAGCAGUGGGCUGGAGGAAGCAAAAUGUUGGUGUCUUCUUUUCCUAUUAUGCAUAAGUAGAAAUCUAUCUUAUUUGGGUUUUUAUUUUGCAAUGUUGUUCCUUUUAAUUGAAGAUUUAUUGUGCUUCUGUUUAUAACCUUGUCAGUGAACUGGCUCUCACAUUCACUACAGUGUAAUGGGUCUGGAAGGUAGUUCUAAAAAAAAAAAAAAUUAACAGACCAUGUUUUCUUCAUGAUCCAGAACUAGUCAACAUGUUACCAGCAUCAGGGUUUUCAAGGAAAUGUAAAAGAACCCUACAUUAAAAAUUGUGAAUGACAUUAUGGAGAAAAAAAUGUAAAAAGAUAAAUGUAAAGGAUGCUUAAUUCUUGAUUUGGUUUAUUCCUUGUAAUAGUUAUUUUAGUAUAAGUUAAAAAGACCUGGAUUUAUUUUUUUUUCAAAAAGGUUUUUUUCCUAUUACACUGGAAAAUUGUUGGCAUCACAAAAUUGUGUGACAAAACAAAAAUGGUUAAUUUAUAGUUGCCUAUAAUCUUUUUUGUCUUUUGCUUGCAAUAUUAAGUGACAUCUUGGAUUUGCUUACUUUAUUCUAAUUUAUGUGAAAUUAAAUGAUAAUAAAGUUGUAACUCACUCUU